CCGCGCCGGGAGCGGAGGCGCCAAGAUGGCGGCGCUGCGGGGCAGAGCGGUUCCCGCCGCGGCUGGGGCCGGUGUCGCCGCCGCUGCCACCGGGGCCGCUCCGCGAGGGCUGGCGGGCGGCGGCGCCCUCCGCGAGCCGCCCCUCCGAGCCGGCAGCCCCCUGCAGUGCUUCUCCCUUGAGGAGGAUGACCUGAACUUAACAUCACUGGACGCAGAAACCAUCUUGGAGGCCGAAGAGAUUCUGGGGACGAUGCAGAACUAUCUUGACUCCUCUGUGAUCUCCAUCAUCGAGGACCUCUCUCUGAGCGAGCAGAGCAAGGCCUGCCUGGAUGCACAGAACGAGCUGUCCCUGCUGACUGCCAUUACUGAGAUCCUGGACAGCACAGACGAUGAGACUCUGUCUCCCUUUGACACCAUCAUGGACAUGGAGCUGCUGACAUCGCCUCGGGAGCGGGAAAAUCCCUCGUUCCAGAAGUUUCUCAGCUUAUCCAGGCCAUCGCUGGAGUGCGAGAGUCCUGCUCUGGAGCAGCCCAAGGCUCGCCGGCCACUGGCCAGCAAUGUCUCUGUGGCUGGGAAGACUGACACAGACCUGGCUUGGGACUGUGCUGCUCAUGGCCUUGAGGACCCAGUGCUACUGAAGAAGCAAGUCUGCAGCACCCCAAGGGUGGAGAGGAAGCUGGGUCGGCACCGGGCCCGCGAGCAGCUGCUGCCGCAGCGCAGCGAUGGAGAGGAAGAGGAGGAGGAGGCUGCCUUGAGCCCAGAGCUGGACAGCAGCAUGGAGGCUCCAGAGUUUUGCAUGAGCGGGGCUGGGGCAGCACUGGAGGAACGUGAAGACCCCUGCAUCAUCAAUGCAGGGGACGUGUCCCUGAGUGAGCUGGUGAAGUCCAUGCACCCCUACUGUCUGCCCACCUUCACUGUCUGCCUGGACCCUGAGACCGAGCCUGUGGCCAAGGAGCUUCUGAGUGGUCCCGUCUUGCUGGAAAUUGUGCCUGGUGAGGGGAAGAGCGUGGAGAUCCCUGUGGUCCUGCAGCCGCUUGCACCCGACUUCCCUAGCCUUCAGCCGCAGCUCCUGGGAGCAGAAGAGAGUGCUGAGGAGUCAGUCCCAGAGGAGCGAGAGGUGCUACCAGGAGCUCCAGCCCGGGAAAAUUGCAUGGAAGAGGAGAAGGAGGAGAAACCAUCUCGGAAGAAGGAGCCCUUCUACGCUACCCCGGAGAGCAUGUCCCCAGUGGAGACAGCAGCACCCAGAGACUGUAGCCCCAAGAGCAGCUCCCAGUGCAGCACAGAGACACCAGUGAGUGACAAAUGUCAGGGCUCCAAGAAGGGACGUGGCCGUGAGAGGGCAAGAAAGAGUCGGAAAAAGAAAGCACAGGAGGACCAUAGUGAGCAGGCCAGGCCAGGCAGGGACUGUGUGGCCCGUUGUCUCCGCUCAGCCAGCUCCAGGCAGCCCCCAGGUCAGAUGCCCGCUGGCCGGUGGCGGGCAGCAUGUCCCUCCGUUCAGGUCUCGGACUUCCUGGCACAGCAGCUGGAGAGAGCCCGGAAGGAAGGGCAGAUGGAGCUGAGUGCCGAGCGAGCACCGCGGCCCCGGGGCAGACCCCGGAGAACAGGAGGAGCCUCCUUGCCCAAGAAAGCACAGAGGGAAACACAGAAGGAGCCAGAAACGGUGGCCGUAGCCCCAGAGAAGACCGAGACCGAGGUGCCUCCAGAGAAGACCGAGACCAAGGUGCCUCCAGAGAAGACCACACCAAGUGCAGAGGAGCCAACAGCAGCUGUGUGUCCUGCCUUGGUGGACCAAGGUGAGGAGGAUGCACAGCCGGCUGCUGGAGAGAGCGGUGGGGUCUUGGAGGCUGCCUCUCCGCUGCCAGAGCAAGGCACAGAGCUGGAGCCCUCCCAAAGCUCGCUGGUAGCGGAGCCAAGUGAAGGCCUGGCCAAGGAAACCAAGCCCAAGGCUCUGAGCCUGCGGGAAUACCGCAUCCGCAUGCAGCACCGCCAGCCCAGCCCAGGCAACAGGAAGGAUGGAGAGAAGCAAGUGGCCAGCAAGUGGCCCAGCAUCCCUGAGCCUCCAACAGAGCUGGCUGAGAUCCCCUGCCUGGUGUCACCGGUGCGCCCCACUACUGAGGCGGCCAACACUCAAAAGAGCCCGGAGAAACCUGCCAGCCCUGCUGCUACUGUCCCUUCUUCUGGUGGCAAAGCUCCCACUGCUCCGAAUUCAGCUCCGGCACCUGCCACGGCUCCACCACCCCCAUCAACACCGAUGCCUUUUCUCACGCCCAACGUGCCCCCAGCUUCUGGGGCAGCCUCCGCCGGGGUGCAGCCCGCCUCUGCUGGUGCUUACGCCCUUUACCCACCAGUGCCUUCCUGGCCCUGCUUUGGCCCGCAGCCUGUGGGCUGCCAUGGUUUGCCCCCGCCGCCCGGUGCUGGCCCCCCCAGUACUUUUCAUGUGGUGCCUGGCCUCCUGCCUCCGCCUGUGGCCUGGCCCCCGCCGCCCAUGCCGCCCCCAGCUCCCUUUGGCCCCGGGGGUCCCUAUGCCCCGGUGGGGUGGGCACCACCAUCCUACUGGCCAGGAAUCCCCAUGCUGCCUCCGGUGCCUCCGCUGGCAUACGGGGACCCCGGAGCGGUGCUGCAGGGCACUCCCUCCUUCCCAGCUGGUGCCCACCCCAGCACAGCUCUCCUGCACACGCAGCCUCCCAGCGCCCUGGCUCUUGGCUGCCCGGAGCCGCUCGCCUUCCCCACCCAGCCACCCGCCACCCCAGCCUCCGAGAUCGGGGCUGCAGGUGGCCCAGCCAGGCCGGUGACCGGCAGGGUGUCGGAUCCGAGGAGGCAGGCGCGGCUGGCGGGGGAGAACUCUCUCCCCAAGGCCCCCCCAGCCCCAGCUCCUGCCCAGUCCCAGGCUGCACCCACCCAGCCUCUGGAGGAACCCGUGGCUGCAGCCCUUCCCCAGCCCCCAAAGGGCCCACCAGCUGCCCUCCAUUCUGCUGUGGAGGUGUCCCCUAGCACCCACCCUGUGGAGGAGGCUGCAGGGCCAGGCAAAGGGGCAGUGGAGAAAGCCCUGACGGAACCCAAGGCAGCUGCUGGGCAGGAGUCACCUGGCCAAAAAUCCGCCUCCGAGGCUGUGGCACCACCGCCAAAAGCGGGUCGAGGCAGCAGCCUGCCCACCAAGGCACCUGCCUCGCGGCCGUGGAGGCAUCAGCCACUCCUCAGCCCUGCACAGCCCAGUGACAACAGCAAGGACAUCGUGCAGGCCUUCAUCAGCGAGAUCGGGAUUGAAGCCACCGACCUGUCCAGCCUGCUGGAGCAGUUUGAGAAGUCUGAAGCCAAGGAGGAGGCUCCUGUGCAGCUCCCUGAGGACAGGCCGCCAGCGGGGAGCUCAGGGCCGGAGACCCAGCAGGAGAGGAAGCCCCCAGAUGGCCUGCAGGCCUCUGAGUUGGCCAACGUGGCAGGUCUCACCCCUCCAGCAACACCGCCCCACCAGCUCUGGAAGCCAUUGCCUGCAGUCUCAAUGCUGGCCAAGGCCAAAUCUCCCAGCUCUGCACCCCAUGAAGGGGCUCAGAAGAUGGCCAAACUGACAAAAGCCAAGCUGCUGUCCCAGAGCAAGCUCCAAGGGAAGAACCCGGCCCCGGCCUCUGCCAGCUCAGCACCCAGACACGUCUGCUCGGGAGACCAUGACUACUGCAUCCCGGGUACAGCACAGCCAGAGAGCAGUGACAGCCCUGGCACGCAGGGCGGCUCCCGCUGGAAUGUCAAACACCACCGGGACAUCACCAUCAAACCCAUCUCCUCCUUAACCAAACGGACGCUGGACCAGCCCAAGCCCACCCCGCCGGCCCCCACUGCCACCGAGGGGCCCAGCCAGGAGCCCCAGGGGACAGCUUGCCUGGCCCCCUUGGAUUAUCGGACUAGCGUCCCCGACAGGGCCACCGCCAGGUGUAGUAGCCCACCCACCUCAGUGCUCCUGUCUCCAGCCGCAUCCCCCUGCCGGGACCAGGAAAUGCGGACUCCCAGUGCCCAGCCCAGCCAUGCUGCUGCCAAGAGGUCCCUGCGCUGCUACCGGAGACCCCGGGACUCGCCCAGCCCUUCUGCCAGCAGCUGGAGGGCUGGCCGGAGCCGUGCCAGCCGCUCUUUUAGCUCCAGUUCUGAUGGAGCUAGCGAGUCCUCAUCUUCAUCCUCCUCUUCCCGAUCCCGGUCACGGUCGUUCUCCCCACCACCCAAGCGGUGGCGAAGGUACCGUUCGAGAUGUUCCCACAGCUCCUCUUCCCGCUCCAGCUGUGGAUCGUGUGGCAGGUCCCGGGACAGGUCCUCAUCCUCUUCCUCAUCGUCCUCCUACUCGUCCAGGUCCACAUCCUGCAGCCGGUCCCAGUCCCGCUCCCCUUCACCCCGCAGGAGGAGUAACAGGCGGAGAAGAUACAGUUACGAUGCACAGGACCACUACCAAAGGCAGAGGAUCCUCCAGAAGGAACGUGCAAUAGAGGAGCGACGAGUUGUGUUUAUUGGCAAGAUCCCCAGCAGGAUGACACGGUCAGAGCUGCGACACCGCUUCUCUGUGUUCGGCGACAUCGAGGACUGCACCCUGCACUUCCGCUCCGAGGGGGACAACUACGGCUUUGUCACCUACCGCUAUGCCGAGGAAGCCUUUGCUGCCAUUGAGAGUGGGCACAAACUGCGGCGCCCAGACGAGCAGCCCUUCGACCUGUGUUUCGGUGGCCGACGGCAGUUCUGUAGGAGGAACUAUGCCGAUUUGGACUCAAACCGUGAGGAUUUUGACCCGGCCCCUGUCAAGAGCAAGUUCGACUCCCUGGACUUCGACACGCUGCUGCGGCAGGCACAGCGCAGCCUGCAGAGGUAGCGGCAGGCGAGGCGGAGUGCCCGCCUCCACUUUUAUACUCAUAUACAAAAGACAAAAAAAGUAUGGAGAGAGAGAGAUGGGAUUUUUAAGAAAAAGAAAAAGGAAAAAAAGGAAUUUGUUUUAUAACCAAUAUUUAAGGAGGACGGGUUAUUUGCCUUCAAACAGAGAGGCCCAGGCGAGUGGCAGUCCCAGGCUUGCCCCAGCCAUGUAAUAAAUGCGGAUGCC